AUGGAUUCGCAAGCCAAGUACUUACUCUCUCUCCGGGCCAUCCGAGACCGUGCCAAGAUUGUUGGGGAUGUGGCCAAGUCUGGGAAGCUGAGCCACUUCGAUCUCCAUGAGGAGAAGCUGGACGAGGUCGUCGACUUUGUGGCCUCUGUCAUCAAGCGUGACUUUGGUCCUGACAAGUUCCACACGAUUCCCCCUCAUGGUCGCUGGCAGCACUUCGAGGUGGGCAAUGUGCCGCGCAUCACCAGCAUCAUGGACAAGUGGGAGGAGGAGGGGUGCGAUGUGACUGAAAAGACACGUCGUCUCAUCGAUCUCUUCUUCAUCUCGGUCCUCUUGGAUGCCGGUGCUGGUGAUGAUUGGCGGUACAAGGAGCCCGGAUCUGGUCAGGUCUAUGAGCGGAGUGAGGGUAUCGCCGUGGCCAGCCUCGACAUGUUUAACGAGUUGGCUUUCACGACUGACACUACCCCAACGGUCAAUGGAAAUGGUUUGAAGCAGCUUGAUACGGAUAAACUCGCCCAGGGCUUCCAAGUGUCGGAUAGCAACCCCAUGUUAGGAGUCGAUUCUCGUGCGGCCCUCCUUAGAAGCCUGGGACAGUCACUCCUCGAUCACCCGGAUGUAUUCGGGGCCGAAGGUCGACCAGGAAACCUCGUUGAUUAUCUGGUCAAGACAGCCGGUGAAUCCUCCGAGCUUGACAUCCUCGUUCUCUGGGACAUUCUCCAGACUCUCCUCAUUCCCAUUUGGCCCAAGGACCGAACUGUUGUUGGUGGGACGGCUAUCGGCGAUGCAUGGCCACUUAGUACUCUCCGAACGGGCGGGCAAUCGGAUGCCGCCGCAGACAACAUCCAGCCCUUCCACAAACUCACCCAGUGGCUCACCUAUUCCCUCAUGGUUCCAUUCCAGCGUGUGCUAGGCUUGCAGUGGAUCAACGCCGACUCUUUAACAGCCCUGCCCGAGUACCGCAACGGUGGCUUAUUCGUCGAUCUGGGCGUGCUGUCACUCAAGAAGGAGACGCUCGACCGCGGCCUACAGGCGUCGGGCGGGGAGCUGCCGCUCUUUGAAGCAGGAGACGACACCAUCGUCGAGUGGAGGGCCUUGACUCUGGUUCUGAUCGACAAGCUGUACACCAAGAUCCAAUCUCGCAUGGGCGAUGGUGUUCAGCUGAGCAUGGCGCAGCUGCUCGAGGCUGGCACCUGGAAGUCUGGACGUGAGGUGGCAGCGCAGCGUCGACCAAAGACAAAGUCGAGCCCCAUCAUCAUCAAGAGUGACGGUACCGUCUUCUAG